UUUUUAAAAAAAUUGUAGUACUUAGUCAUUUUAUUUCUAUUUUGAAGCCAUGCUGGGCCAAAAAGUAAUCAUUACAAUUACAUGUUAAAAUCAAUAUGGAACAUUACUUGUAAUCUUGGUAUGAGACUUAAAAUGAUAUUGUAAUAUGACAGAAGUCAGAGACUAUCAGCCAUAAUAUUGAAGAUGAACUAUAAAUAAGAGCAUAUCUAAUUAUUGUGAUAGUAAGAUGCUGAAUGGAAUCUUUAAUCAACUUUCUUAAUGCAGAGCACAAAGAGCUCUGCUGUUUUGUAUGGCAAGCUAUUUUCAUACUGCUGUGUUUAAAACUGUGUGAUUACAGUUACCAAUAGCAAUAGGAUGUAGAUACAGAAGGGAGUCCUGGUAGUUGCAAAAGUUUUUUGGCCAAUGUUUUUGCUCUCUGAAGCCUCAAGUCCACAUUUUAUAGCCUGUAAAUUAGUUUUGCUUUUCAACUGGAUUUUUAACAUAUGCUGAUAUUGGACUACAUGAAACUGAAAAUAAAAGUAUUUGAGCAUCCAGAAUAACUCCCUCAGUUUUCUCAAUGUCAUAUUAAUGAUGAAAAAAACAAUCAACAAAAAAAAGAGUCCCUUCUUUCCACCAGCAUCAGCUCUGAACAACAGAGGAUUAUAAAGCCUGAUGGUGACAAAGGGUUAUAACUUUCUGUUUUUUCACUGUACAUCCUCCCCAGUUUCAGAUUUAGCAAUGGAUAUUCUUUGUGAUGAGGAAAACCCUACUGCAAACUCCUUAAUCCAAUUAAAUCAUGAGAGAAGACUCUACAAAAAUGUUUUUGUUCCUGGAGAGGUUAACACAUCUCAUCUGUUUAACUUGACUGUGGACUCCGAAAACCUAACUAAUGUUUCAUGUGAAGGUAGCCUGACUCCGCCGUGUUAUUCAUCACUAUUUCAUCUUCCAGAGAAAAACUGGCCAGCUCUGCUGACAGUUAUAGUGAUUGUUCUAACCAUUGCUGGAAAUAUUCUUGUUAUCAUGGCUGUGUCACUGGAGAAAAAGCUACAAAAUGCCACUAAUUAUUUUCUAAUGUCACUUGCAAUAGCUGAUAUGCUACUGGGUUUCCUUGUCAUGCCUGUGUCAAUGUUAACCAUACUGUAUGGAUAUACAUGGCCUCUGCCUACAAAACUCUGUGCUGUCUGGAUCUAUUUGGAUGUGCUUUUCUCCACUGCCUCCAUCAUGCACCUCUGUGCCAUCUCUCUGGAUCGCUAUAUUGCCAUACGAAAUCCCAUCCAUCACAGUCGCUUUAACUCCAGAACUAAGGCUUUCACAAAAAUAAUUGCUGUUUGGACAAUAUCUGUUGGUAUCUCAAUGCCAGUACCUGUGUUUGGACUACAAGAUGAUUCCAAAGUGUUCAAGAAAGGUAGCUGCCUGCUGGCUGAUGAGAGCUUUGUCUUAAUAGGCUCUUUUGUGGCAUUCUUCAUUCCUUUAACCAUCAUGGUGGUCACCUAUUUUUUAACUAUAAAAUCACUUCAGAAAGAAGCUACCUUAUGCAUUAAUGACCUUGGCACAAAGACCAAGUUUACUUCAUUUAGUUUUCUCCCUCAAAGUUCUCUGUCAUCAGAGAAACUCUUUCAACGCUCUUUAAACAGAGAGCUGGGGAAUUCAGGAAGGAGGACUAUGCAGUCAAUCAGUAAUGAACAAAAAGCUUCCAAGGUACUUGGUAUCGUCUUCUUUCUGUUUGUUGUGAUGUGGUGCCCGUUUUUCAUCACCAAUGUGAUGGCAGUCAUUUGCAAGAAAUCUUGCAAUGAAGAAGUCAUUGGAGGACUGCUUAAUGUAUUUGUCUGGAUUGGCUACCUUUCUUCAGCUGUCAACCCAUUAGUAUACACAUUGUUCAAUAAAACCUACCGUUCUGCUUUCUCACGUUAUAUUCAGUGUCAAUACAAGGAGGAGAAGAAGCCUUUACAGCUGAUUUUAGUGAACACCAUACCUGCUUUAGCGUACAACUCCAGCCAACUCCAGCUAGCACAAAUGAAGAGUUUAAAAAAAGAGGCUAAAGUGAUGGCCAAGGAUUAUUCUAUGGUUACAAUUGGAAUACAUCCUUUAGAUAGUACCUCAAAGGGCAGUAUUAGCCCAGACAGCGAAAAGGUUAGUUGUGUGUGACUCUGCUAGCCUGUCAACAGCUGCCAUGGCAACCAAUGGUAUGUACUCAGAAAACUUCACCUAACUCUGAGAAGCUUUGAUAGCUUAGGAAAAUUAGCCCUGUCUAAGAGAACUUCAGUAGCAUCACAUACUCACGUUGAUUGCAAACAGGGUUAAAAUGCUAUCAAAUGUGCAUUUUUUUCACACAGUAUUUCAGCUGUUUUAAGUACAGGCUUUAUUAAACUUAUUUUUUUAGUAUCCUAAAUAAUAUAUUUCUUAAAGAAAAAUGCAAUUUAUUGUAUUAUUAUAUCAUGGGCUGUGACGAAAUUAAAGUGUUUCUUUUCCUUCUGCAAAUGAAAACAAAGCUAUUGUUUGGUUUACUUGCUGGUUACGUUUGAAUUAAUUUGUCUUGCUACAAUGUAAUUUUAUUAUCAUUAACUGAAUGCGCACUUUACAGGAUUUUACAGGAAAAGAAAACAUCAGUUAAUUUAUGGAUAUAUAUUUAAAAUAAAAUAAAUAUUAAAGAAAAUGCUCUGAAAACCUGUAUAGAUCAACUAUGUGAAAAAAUUGGUGUUUUUAUGGAUAUUUUUCCUUUCCAAUUACAAUUCUGAAAUGUUGUUGGCCUUUCUACCAUUUGUUCUGUACUUUAAGUUAGUUCUCUUCAAAAGUAAAUUAAAUUUGAAUGUUCCUUUGUCACUACAAACAUUAUUGAACUCUACUUUCUAUUUCAUUUUAUCCCCUAUUCUGAAUGUUUCACGUGCACUGGUUUAGACUUUAAAAUAUACUAUUACAAAAAGCCUCUAUUGAGCUUGGUUCUCUACUACAUUAUACUGAUUUUACAACAGUGUAAGUGAGGUAACAGAGUAAAAAAUCAGGCCCAACACUGCUAAAUAAUUUCAGGCUUAAUCCCGUUGACAUUUCUCUUCACAGCUCCCAUAGGUUUCAAAUAUUAACAACUUCAAUGGGCAUUCUGCAUGAGUAAGGAGUGGGCUUCAAUAGAAUAUCUUUACCCAUUUGUGUUCCUUGUUUUGUUUUAAUGUUUCUAUACUGAGAAUAAUUAGAAGACUGAAAAAGAAGUGUUUUUUCUUACUAGAAUUUGGUUUUCCUCCAUCACAUAUGCAAACUGUUUUGCUGUUGUUAGAGGGUUCCUCAGGAAUGCUGGGCUCCUUGCAUUAUUUGGCUACAAUCUUAAUGAGGGAUGUCUGGGCAGAUCCUUACAUUUUGUGGAGGCCCACUGAAAAUAAUGAGAUUCUGCAAAUGGUGUAGGAUUCUACCUGCACAGAUUUAAAUGGCAGGAUAGUUAGAUUAUUUAAAAAGCAUCCAUAUUUUACUUUGAUAAAAAGGCCUAAUCAUGCAAACAUUUACUACCAGGUAUAGCAUGUGUUUCCAUUGAACCCAGUAGUAUUCCGUGUGGGAGUAAAAUUACAGCUGUUGCUACUAUCUGCAAGAUUGCAUCCAAAUACUAGACAAUUACAUGAAUUUUACAAACAGGUAUAAGAAAAGCAAGGUACAGUCCAGUUUUAGAGCCUAUCACUGAAAAUAAAGGGUCACUAUUAGGUCAAAAGUUAUGUCUUCAUUAAGACACUGAGUUUCACCAGUAUAAGGAAUGAGUAAAUACUGAGUGAGGACUUUAGCAUUUGGCCCCAAACCAAAUUCCCUUAGAUGAUGAAAAAUGAAAUAAUGUUAAAAAUCUAAUUUAGUGCCUAUUGCGGCCUUGCACCAAGUGCAUGGUGGGAUGAGUCAUAGGAGCCUUCCCUGGUGCAAAGAACAAGUCACAUUUCAGUCUGCACUGCCUUCAGUGCAAUCAUUACUCACUGCUAGUGCAUGUCUAGGAGAUCAUGGUGUUUACCUGAAGCACAAUAUUUUCUGAAGCUUCUGAGUGGGUGAGUGCUUCUUCAUACAAUAUCCACCACUGGGCUGUGCUUUACAGACAUAACUGAGCAUUUAAUUUCCACUGUUUAUACUGUUUAUUUUCUGUAUUUUAUUCAGCUUAGCCAAUAAAAGCAGACUCCCCAUUUCUAGAAAAUUUCAUUUUCUGUCUCUAACAUCACUAUUACAAUGUUGCAUUGCUCAGGUUGCAAACUGAAGGGAAAUGUUGCAGUCUAAACAAGUGAUUUUAAUUAAUUGUUUUACAUUUCAUUAAAGGAUGUCUAUUUAUAUAUGGUUCUUUAAAACUUAUUAAAAUAAAAUCUAUAUUUUAGACCUAUGCUACCUCACAGUGUCCUUUUAAUUAAUUCAUCUAGGUAAUAGAGAAUUUACCUUUCCAUUAGAAAGCAAUGUACAAGACAUGGACAUAUGAUACUUGAUUUUUAAUCUCAUUAGCUCUCGAUAGUUGCUUAUGCUGAGAGAACAAUAGUUUUAGCCCAAGAAGCCUCUUUAAACAAAGAUGAUGAAAUGCAUAACAGACAAGAUGGAUGUCUCUGGCUCUUCAUAAAUAUCUUUGACAAUUUGAUUGCUACUGUACCUGAUCCUGCAGCCUUGCUCUUGCAAUAUUCCCAUAGACUUCAAUAAGCUUUGCCUGAAUAAGGACAACAGCCCCCUAGUUUGCAGUAAUAGAUUUGCAAGAUAGUUAAUAAAUAGAUAUCAACUAAGAGAUAAAUUUUAUUGUUGGUAGACAUCAGGAUUUAACAAUUUCAAGACCAGAAUUUAUAGCACCCUGCUGAUAUCUAGCUACUGUCUGAACUGAAAUGCAGUAUUGCUUACUAGGGCUGGAGGGGGGAAAUUAUUCCACUUCAUGAAAAAAAUUAAGACUUUGACAUUUGUUUUAGUUCCACAUCAGAGAAAAAUGAGAACUUGUGACAUUUUUCAUGAAAAAAUGAGAGACACACACCACCACUACCCUAGGUUAACUCAGCCGUUAGGGCUCUCAUCUGGGAUGUGGGGGACCCAAUUUCAAGUCUCUGUGCUCUGAAUCAGCAGGCUGUUGGCUAUUUUGGGGUGGGGGGUUCUCUCUCUCUCCCACCCUGGAUCUGAGAAACAUUUGCAAUCUAACAGCAUUUUUGAGGGAAAAAAACCUUUCAUCUAAAAUGUUUCAACCAGCCUCUGCUAUUUAAUAACUUUUCAACAGCAUCUGAAAAGUGUCCAGUGACUUUAAGCUUCUGUUAUAGAAUAUUUCCUUAGUUUGUGGCUACUGUGCCCAUUUUUAUAUACAGUAGGACAAAAAAUCCUCCAUUUCUAUGCCAUUCAUCCAAUCAUGUACUGUAUGUAUGUAAUUGGUGCAUAACGGUGCAUUAUAUUUUGAAUACAUAUAAAUGUUUAUGUAAAUAAACACAAGAGAAGAAUGUUUGUUGUAUUUUGAAAAAUUAAAAUGUGAAAUUGUGCUCUAAUGUUUAAUUGUUAUCUUAAAUCCCACUGCUAGCCAAGCAGAUUAAAGCACUCAAAUGCCAUCAGUUCCUUUAUAAACUGGAAGUUUGUCUUAAGUUAUUGGAGUGGUUUUUUUGUUUGGGUAAAUUUUAAGAGAACUAUGUUUGCUGAAGGUUAAAAAAAUAUUAAAAUGUCUUGUUAGAGUCAGACAAAGCAGAACAGCACCUUAAGGAACUUUAUGACCUAAUAAAAACAUGGAAAUUAUGAUCAUUCUACCUUUCAACUGAAGGUGUUUCUCUACAACAGAAAUGUAUUUUGUUUGAAUGAGCGAUAAAUAUCUGACUGUAAAUAUCUCCAUUCCAGCAACAAGCUACUUACAUUAUUUAUCAGCCUAUCAAAUUCAUUUGACUCAGGGGAGUAUUAUAAAGGUAAGAUUACUAAGUGCCAUAAUAAACUACCAUAUAAAGGCAGUUUACAUAUAAAUAAAUUUUACCUCAACUCUUUGACUACAGCGCCAUCGUGUGGUAGUUUUUUAAAGUGAAUAUUAUCAUAAACAAUCAAAAUGUGUUGUACCAUUUAAUGCUUUGCUUCCUGCCAUGUGCAUAAAACAAACACCUUCCUAAAACAUCAGACUGUUAAUUAUACAGUACAUAUGAUUUUAUUUACAACUGUAAUGUGUGUUAAAGUAGGAUGGUUUUUAAAGUGCCCUCUCAAACCCCAGUGAUAAGCACAUGAGCUUCACCAGGCUUUGUAAUGUGCAGCUAAAAAUAUCUAGCUGCAUCUUGUUCACAAAUUAUCCAAUUAAGGAAAAAAGGCUCCUUUACUCAUUAACCAGUGGGGCACCACUGGGAUAACUGUAUCUGAUGGAAACCUUGGUUCCAAAAAUCAUCCCAUAAAAUCCUACUUGUUCGUACUAAGAUAUUAUAGCAUCACUAUGUUGGGCAGAUCCUACUUUCACUUACUCCAGUUUCACACCAAUGUGAUUCCAUUGACCUCAGUGGUAUUACUCCUGAUUUAAACUGCUGUAACGAGUCAAGAAUGAGACCCAGUACCUAUAUUUCACAUACCCAUUCUGAUUUCCACCACUGCAGCUCAAUUUUCAGUCUUUCAAAUCAGUCUUAUCAUCAUCUUCAUUAUUUAUGUUACAGUUGGGCCUAGCAAUGUCAAUUGGGACCAAGGUCUUAAACAAAUCCUGCUUGUUCGCACUAUAAAUAGGCUGCAGUUUUGUGAAACAAAAGGGUUCUGGUUUAACAGAAACAGAGCCAGCACUAGGCAUAACCAGACUAAGCAAUUGCUUAGGGCCCUUGUGAGCAGCUCAGGGGAGCCCACAUUCGCUUUUUAUUAUUUGUGGGUGGGUGGGAGGCAAAAUAUUCCUGCUUAUGGCCCCUACUGGGGUAGCACCACCUCUGAACAGAAGGCAACUAAAGUAGACAAUUCAAUAGGCAGUAGUAGUUCAAAAUAAUAGAAUCCAAAAUCUGAAUGACGAUUGCAGUCUUUAAUUGUUGCUUUCUGCAUGGAUAAGGAGUUUACUCUUCAAUAAGUACAAUAACCAGGUAUUAUUUUGCAACUAAUUCAUCACUGAAAAAUUCAUAUGCACAGUAUUCCACAGUGCUACAAAUGGACAAGAAUACAGGUAUUUGGCUUUUUCAGUCACUAAUAAAAAUCAGCUUUUACAGUCCAGCAGCAUGGGUUCAUUAUAAUGAAUUCAGAUGUAGAUAAAUUCCAUUUAGAAUUAAAUAAAAGUCCCAGAUUGUUUCAAUGUUAUGCAAAGUGCAUAUUGCAACUCCAGUAUCAGUGAAUGUUUACAUAUAGUUAUGUAGUUCUGUGGGAGUGUAGGAGGAGAGAGAGGAAGACUGCUUUACUGUAAGAAGUAGUCAUGGUACCAGAAUUCCUCUUUUUUUUUUUUAAAUGCCUCAAUUGAGUUAACACUUAUUAUGUAGUUUGCCCUGAUUGUUGAAAGAGAAUUCAUCUGGUUCAUCCAUCUGGCAGUUUCAGCUGUAAAACAAGAGAUGUCUGGUCUGCAAGUUUAUCACUGCAUGAUUUCAGGGGACAACUGAAUUCUUGAACGGCUGAAAAUAUGGCAGAUGAUAUUUGGCAGGUUUCUGUGCUGCAGUGAUGCUCUUUGGGGUGCAUAACCAAUUUGUUACAGUACUUACCACAUGGCACAUAAUUAUAGAUGACUUUAGUAUUGGCAUCAUGUAUCUUGCAAACAGAACAAGAUUCCAGGAACAACUACUUUAAGGUAUGCUUGAACCUCAUUCUAUGAGACACUGAUAUUGCUACUUAGGUCACAGCCAUUUUAUCAGAGAGGCCUUUAUUUCACCUGAAAAUGUAAACUGUUAUAACAAUGAUUCUAACAUAGCAUGAUAAAUAUGUCCAAAAAUUUAUUAAUUUAAUAAAAUCUUCACAUACUUCAGUAUCACCAGGAAUCUUAAAUUCAUAGAUUCUAAGGUCAGAAGGGACCAAAUAUAAUGAAACGCUGAGAGGACAGAUUCUUUCAUUUGAACUCAGUGGGACUGCUCACAUGUAAAGUUAUUCACAUGCUUCGGUAUUUGCAGGAUUGGAGCCUUUCACUUGUGAAAACCAGGAUUAACUCCAUUUAAAUCAGUGUGAUUACAUCAGUGUAAAACCAUUUCUAGACUAAGAAAUUGUAUCUUGUUUAAAAAUGUGUUAAUAUGUUUUAACUAGACAAGGUGGGUGAGGUAUUAUCUUUUAGUUUAUCUUUUAGAACUCUUCUUCCGAAACCUGCGUAAGCUCAAAACUUGUCUCUUUCACCAACAUAAAUUGGUCCAGUAAAAGAUAUUACCUCAGCCACCUUGUCUCUCUAAUAUCCGGGAACCAACAUCCCUCCAACAAUACUGCAAACAACAAUGUUUUAACUAGCAAUUUUGUAAUACUAGUAUAGGCACUCAGGGGUAUUCAGGAACUACUCUGCAUGUGCUCAUUUGGGCAAUAAUCACCCAAAGGAGACAAGGAAGGAUGAAGAGGAAGUGGGACAUGGCCCUGUCUCCCCUCCACACCAGGUGACAGAACUUGUGGCAGUGGAGAGAGGAGUAAACUGUACCAUUCUACAGGAUGGUUCAGCAUACAUGCUUAGGAUCUAGGGUGGAAGCGGGGCAAAAGGAGAAUAGAUACAUAUCAAUAUUUAAUCGGGCUGUCGAUUAAUCGCAGUUAUCUCAAAAAAGGGGGAUAACAAAAAAAGUUGCGAUUAAAAAAUUAAUCUUGAUUAAUCACAGUUUUAAUCAUACUGUUAAAUAAUAAUAGAAUACCAAUUGAAAUGUAUUAAAUAUUUUUGGUAGCAUGUCCUGUGGAAUGGUGGCCAAAGCAUGAAGGGGCAUACGAAUGUUAAGCAUCUCUGGCACACGAGUUGGUGGGUGGCCAGGCUACCCCUUCGGUCUGAGGCCCCGCCCCUCCCUCUCCCUUACCCCCCAAGCCCAGAUCCCCCUCUCCUCCUAGAGCACCUGGUGAAGAGCGCGUGGCCCCCUCGAGCACCGGGCUGGCAGCCUCCCCCCAGCUCCAGAGCACUGAGUGAUGCACAGCCUCCCCUGGGCAGUGUGCGACCCCACGCAGUACUGGGUGGGUGGCACAUGGCCCCUCAGGAUACUGGGCAGGCAGGCAGCCCCCCUCCCACCUUAGAGUACCAGGUGGGCGGCCCCAGCACCGUGUGGCAGGUGGUCCCCCCAGACCACUGGGUGGGCAGACAGUGCAUGGCUCAGUCCACGAGAGCACUGGACAGGUGAACGGGACCCCCACACACACCUUGUCCCUCUCAGAUUUUGGAAGGCACUUCAGAGUCUUAAACCUGGGGUCAAGUGCUGU